AUGCUGACGAUUUCUUCGAUUAGGACAGCAUGGUCUAGGCUUGCUGCAGGCCCAUCGAUGGCUGCACCAAUAGUCUUUUCUCUUUUAUCCACUCCAGUCAACAUCACACAUUCAUCUAGAGGCUUCAAGAAACACAUGGGCGAAUCUCUGCCCCAGUCUGCUGGUCGAUCCGUUGUUGUCAAAGGCACCAACUCUACUCAGGCUUACUUCCAACUGCGGCGUAUCCUUGAAGAAAGCAACUUUCGUGCACUAGUUAGAGGCCAAGAGCGAUUCGAGUCUAACCCAGACAAGCGUCGAAGGAAGCGCAAAGAGCGAGACUGGGCCAUCUAUAUGGCUGAACUGAGACGUCAAACUGCACAAGCCCGUGAUUUAACCAAAAGACAUGAACGGGAAAAAGAACACUACAGGGAUAUCUAA